AAAAUAGAACCACCAAAACAAAUACGAGCAGUCAACAAAUAUGGGUCAUUUCCCAUCUUCUUCCACCUAAACUCCAAAAUUCACAAAGUCGUUGAAAUUAGGUCCCCUCUCUCUCUCUCUCUGAGACUUUUGACCCAGAUUUUUGACCACCCAAUCGCAUGCCUAUAUAAACUCCCAACCUCACCACUUCGUCUUCCCAAACCCAAAGAACAACAUGCUCCGCUCGCUCUUUACCUCCACCCUCACGACCCUCUCCUUGCGCUGGCCAGUGCUAAUCUACGCCGCCACGUGGACCACAUUGCUCACUCUGACGGUGGCCGUGGCCUCCUUCUCCCCCGAGGUCGCGUUCGUCUCCUCCAUUUCGUCGACGUCUUCCUUCUCCCGCGCCUGCGACUCGGAAGGCUCCGUUAGGGUUCCGUCGGACGUGCCGGGAGAUAUCCUGUGCUUGCCGGCUCACCUGUUCAGUAAGUCCAGCAUCGAUUUCAUCGUGCCCCCUGUUUUCGCGGCGGUUGUGGUGGCUGGGUCGGCUUUCCUGGUUCGAGCCGUGGGCUUGUGGGAGACUGAUGAGGUCCCUUGAGUUGGGCCGGUUUUUAGUGCUUUGUUCUGUAGUUGGACGGCUCAUGUUAUAAAUACAUGGAUGAUAUUAUUCUUUACCAACAUAUAUAGGAGAAAUUGUUGUUUGUGA